GUCUCUCUCUCUCUCUCUCAAUCACUUUCUCCUUCCACUGUUGCACGCUGACACCCACAUAAGCACAAAAAGACACCAACUUUUUCGCUCCUUCCUUGCAUUUAUUGUUCUUUUCAAUUAUUCAUUCACAUUGUCCUCACAAAUUACUAUUUAUUCCCCCACCAAAAGAAGUCUCUUUUUUUUUUUUCAAUUGUUUUAGCUGUGUCUUCUGUUUCAUAGCUUCUUUCUGGGUUUUGGUUUCUGAACCACAAGCGCAGAAGAAGUGGUAUUUGUGACGUUUGGAGAAGAAAAUGACUGUGGAGAAGAGAAUGAGUGAUUCCGGCGAAGAGUUUCCCGUCGGAAUGCGUGUGCUCGCCGUCGAUGAUGACCCCAUCUGCCUCAUGGUUUUGGAAAACCUCCUCCGGAAAUGUCAAUAUCAUGUAACUACGACAAAUCAAGCAAUAACAGCGUUGGCGCUUUUGAGAGAACACAAAGACAAGUUUGACCUGGUAAUCAGUGAUGUGCAUAUGCCAGACAUGGAUGGAUUUAAGCUGCUUGAGCUAGUGGGACUUGAGAUGGACCUUCCCGUCAUAAUGUUGUCUGCAAACGGUGAUACGAAGCUGGUGAUGAAAGGGAUUUCUCAUGGAGCCUGUGAUUAUCUGCUGAAACCCGUGAGAAUGGAGGAGCUCAAGAACAUCUGGCAGCAUGUAAUCAGAAGGAAGAAGUUUGACUCAAAAGAGAAGAACAAAACAAGCAACUUAGACAAACCCACUUCUGAUAGUGGCAAUGGACAUGGAUCAUCAGGAGCUGUAAAUUCAGAUCAAAAUGAGAAGCUGACUAAGAAACGGAAGGAUCAAGAUGAAGAUGAAGAUGAGGAGCAGGAGAAUGAUCAUGACAACGAGGACCCGUCAACCCAGAAGAAACCUCGGGUGGUUUGGUCUGUGGAACUGCACCGCAAGUUUGUUGCUGCUGUUAAUCAGCUAGGCAUUGACAAGGCUGUACCUAAAAAAAUUCUUGAUUUGAUGAACGUUGAAAAGCUUACAAGGGAGAAUGUGGCGAGCCAUCUCCAGAAGUACAGGCUUUAUCUGAAAAGAAUUAGUUGCGUGGCUAACCAACAGGCUAAUAUGGUGGCGGCCUUAGGGGGUGCAGAUCCAUCCUAUCUGAGAAUGAGUUCUGUGAAUGGGGUUGGACAUUUGCAAACAUUGACUGGUUCUGGGCAGCUUCAUAACAAUGGUUUUAGAUCCUUUCCACCUGGUGGGAUAAUUAAUAGGUUGAACACUCCUGCUGGUUUGAAUGUGCACGGGUUUCCUUCUGGAGUUCUUCAGUUGAGUCAGUCACAAAAUUUAAACAACACUAAUGAUCAUCUGAAGUUCCGGUCCGCCAUCACUCCUGUUAAUCAGAAUGGUGUUCAGGGAAUGCCAUUGUCUGUUCAAAACAAUAAGAGUCUCGUUUCUGUUCAAAAUUUGACCUCUGUUUUUAAUGCCAAAACAAAUUUUCCCAUCUCAAAUAAACUCCCAGAUCCAAGACCAAAAGUAACAUCUGAUGUAGGUAUCUCAAACAAUGGCUUGAUGUUGGAACCAUGCCCUCAAAGCACACAGGGGAGUGUAAGGAUUGAAACUUUAUCUUCAGUGGCCUCUCAACAUUCAGAAUUUUCUUUGCCUUUGCUGGAUCAAGGUAGGUAUAAUGAUAGUUGGACAAGUGCUGUGCAGCCAUCUGUGAUGCAGACAAACUCUUACCCUCCAAGUGAAUGUUUUAAACCGACAAACAUACCUCCUCCAGAUAACAUGGCUACUAUACCCCUGCAAGGUGGGAAUCUGACUGGUCCAUCCAUCACUUCACUGUCCAGGCAAUCCCAUGAUUCAAUGACCGAUAUGCAUUCUGAAGGAUUGACUUUAAAUAACAGACCUACGAAUAUAAGCAGUAAUGUGCCAUUUCAAGGGUGGGAGGACCGAAAUCACGAUGCUACUCAUCAUUCAAAUAAUAUGUUUGCAUCAAUAAACUCACUGACUCCAGUCAAUGGUGCUGCUGUUCCAGUGGGCCAUGCAGCAGCAAACUCAGCCUCACAUAGAAAUUUGGACUUUAACUUUUGUGAUCCCUUACAAAUGAAGCAUGAUGGUUUUGUGGAAUUAACUGAAGAGAUCUCAUCUAGACAACAUCAGGGGAAUAUCCUGAACCAGCAGAAGUCUCAACAUAGUCAUUUCUCUAGUAAUCUUGGUUCAUUGGAAGACUUGGUCAGUUCAAUGAUGAAACAGGAGAAAGACAGGCUGAAAUUAUUGGAUGAGAACCUCAUUUGCGAUAAUUACCCUGGUGGGUUAUCUAUGUGAUAGAAGAUUUGCCAGCACAUACCAACGUAUGCUUCCAUGUUGAUGAGUUUUAUAGUUUUCAUUGUGUUUAACCACUUUUGUCUUCCUGUAGUUUACUGUAGAGUUUAGCUUGUCCAGGUUACUUUGUACUGAGCAAAGUUCUCUAGGUUCUAAGGGCUUUCUAAUUUUAUACAACGCGUUAUCAAGUUAUUAAUCACUUUGUUUGAUCUCCGUUUACACGUUGGCCUGCAAAUUGGACCUUUAUCUUCAUUCAUAGUCAUGCUUGCAGUGAGAAGAGACAGACACGGGCCAGGUGGAACUCACCAGACAAAUGGGUACCCACUUAAACCCUGAGUGUUGCUCACACCUUUCUAGAGUGAUCAGGUAAUGCAACUUUGUUAAAUGUAAGUGAUUACGAUGAUGAAUGACAAUAAACACCACCCCCCUUGGAAAUGUUGUCUUCACCAAAAUUAUGCAUUUUGUUUUAUUUA